UUCUUGAAUCAUAAUGGCCACCAAUUAUCAAUCACAAAAGAAUCCAUUGUACAAAAAAGUGGAAAAAAUUCUCAACUCAGAAAUUGAUUCGGAUACAUUGAAUGCAUUGAAAAAUGUAUCCGAAUUAGUCAACGAUAAUACAUUGAUGACACGUCGAAAUUUACGUGCAAAAAUUGAAAAACAAUCAUUGGCAGUUAAUGAACAAUUUGCUCGGCAAUUUAAUGAUGUUUAUCAGAAAUUUCAACAACUAAACGAUUAUAUAACAUUCAUUGAUUCAUCGUGUCAUAUGAUGAUGGAGAAAAUUGACGAAUUAAGAUAUCAAACAUCGGAUUUCGUUCAACAAGCUAAUCAAAUUCAAACCGAACUUGGACAAUUAGAUGAUAAUGAAAAAAUAUUGAAUGAAUUUUUGGCCAAAUUUUUCUUAACCAAUGAUGAAUUGUCAAUAAUUACCGGUACCAGUGGUAAUGAUUUAUAUAAAAUUGAUGAAAAUUUUUUCAAAUUAUUGAACAAAAUACGAUCCAAUUAUGAAAAGGCUAAAACAUUGUUAGCUAGUAAUCAACUGAUAACUGGUUUUGAAAUAAUGGAUUCAAUGUCCAAAUAUGAAGAAUUGGCAAACGAAAAAUUAUAUCGUUGGACAGUGAAUAUAUUGCGUACGGUAAAUGUUGAUUUUCUUGAAUUCCAACAUUCACAUCUAUUUGAGGCUUUGGCACAACUUCAAAAUAAAGAAGUGUUAUUUAAACAUUGUAUGGAUGAAUAUACAAUUGUACGACGAUCAGCAGUCACCCAUUCAUUUAUCGAAGCAUUAACACGUGGUCGCUCUUCGAAUAAUACCCAAUAUCAAGCAAUGGAAUUAUAUUCUAAUGAUAAAUUACGUUAUUGUCGUGAUAUGUUAUCAUAUUUACAUCAAACAAUUGUAUUUGAAAGAGAUAUGCUACGUACAUUAUUGAAAUUAUGUAAUCAAGAAGAAUUAGCGAAGAAAAAUGUUAUUAAAAAUGUCAUAUCAUCAUUAACUGAAGGUGUUAUACGAAUUUUAAAAAUUCGCAUUGAAAAUUGUCUUGCCACGGCUAAUAAUAAUAAUGACCAACGUAAUAAUAAUGAAACAACAUUGCCAUCGCAAUCUCAACAACAGAUACGAUGUACGAAAAAUUUUUUUCUCAUCAAAAAUAUAAUCAAUUUUUAUCUACAUACAUUUGAACAAAUAUUGAAUGAUGAUUCGACAUUCAUUCAUUUUAUCAAAGAAUUAUUAGUAUCAAGUGAUAAAGUUUGUUAUAAUAAUCUUAAAUUUUAUUGCUCACAAUUAUCAAUGAAAAUUGAUUCGGUCAAGAUAUCGGUAACGAAAAUUUCAAUGAUUAAUUUUAAAGAACAAUUACAACAUUACAUACAAUUAAUUGAUGAAUUAUUGGAUGGUGGUGCCAGUGGCGGUGUACCAUGUUCAUCAAUGAGUUUCAGCGAAGAAGAACAACAAUUAGAAACCGAACGUAUUCUGUCCACAAUAUUUGAACCAUGUAUACAAUCGAUCAUAAUACUGGCAACAAAAUUACCAUCAAUUGAUAUGAAUAUUUUUAAUUUAAAUUGUUAUCAAUGGUUACAACGAACAAUUGAAAAGUAUAAAUUUACCAAUUCAUUUGUCGUCAAUUUACAGAUGAAAAUUAAUUCAACAUCUGAUAUUAUUAUCAAUGAACAAUAUCGUUAUUUGAUUAAUUCAUUAUCAAUCAAUUCAUUAUGUAAUGCAAUCGCACAGAAUGAUUUUAUCAAAUCCAAAAUACCAUUAUCAUCAUUAUCUGGUUGUGAUCCGAUUACUGUGGUGACAUUUUUGAAUUUAUUCGAUAAAUUCUUACAGAAUCCACGACAACUUGCUAUGAAACAUUUGAAUGACAUUCAUUAUCCAACGAUUCGUGAACAAAUUUGGCAGAAUUCAUUGAAAGCAAUUGCAAUUACAUAUGAGCAAAUCCAUAAUCAUUUGAUUGAUUCCCAAAACAAAUAUGACGAUAUUAUCGAUCGAAUCAAAUAUCGGCCAGAAGAUGUGAGGAAACAAUUGACAAUUUUAUCGGAAUGAUGAAUUUCAGAAUUUUAAUUUGUUUUUUCUUUCGUUUCAUAUUUAA